UCGGAUAACUCGUCGAUUGACAGAUACCGCAACAACCGCAACAGUAUCGAAACCAGAAUACCUACUUUUAUAGAAGAAUGGUAUUGGCUGCGGGUCCCAACAAUCCCAAAAGCGCUAUUGUGCGUCGUCAGAUUGAAAAGGUUCAGUUUGGGUUUUACAACGACGACGACGUCCGCGCACGCUCCGUCGUCGAGAUCACUUCCUCCCAGGCUUUUGAUCCUACCAACAGUCCUUUACCGAAUGGUCUCUACGAUGUCCGACUCGGGCCACUCAAAGACAGUGAACCGCCUUGUCCGACCUGUGCCUUGCGCGCCUCGCACUGUCCCGGACAUUUCGGCCACAUCGAACUGGCCGUCCCCGUGUAUCAUCCCCUACUCUUUCCCGAUCUCCUUCAGUUGCUCCGCAUCAAAUGUUUCGCCUGUCACAAACUCAAGGCCCCGUCACGGACCCUCGCCACCUUGCGAGCCAAAUUUCAUUUACUCUACCGACACGAUCUCACUCGUCUCACGGCCUUGGACCGGGAAUUGCUAGUCGCGAUUCGCCUGGGCCGGACCAGUGGCGAAGACCGUGCCGAAAACUCCACCGCGAAGAUACGAUCCGCAAAAGACGUUGCCGACGCACUCGACAAGGUCCUCCGAUCCCACCAACCACCGACCGACUCGACAUCCCCCUCGACGACGAAACUGAAUUCGUUCGAACGCAAUCUGCGUAAGGAACUCGCCAAAGCUGUCCUGACGGCCUGCAAAGGCGUCAAACGCUGUGCCCACUGCGGUGCCUACAAUCCCAAAAUUCGGCAAGAUUCGUUCAAUAAAUUGUUUCAAGGUGCCCUGUCGGCUACGUCCCUACGAGCUAACUCCGUUGAGAAUGUACAAUUCACCUCGGCCCUGAUACAAGCAUCCAACGCGACCUCGGACAGGGCCACCAAUUACGAUUCGGACGAUACCGACCGGGGGGAGAACACCAUGAGUGGGAACGAGGAUAGCGACAGUGAAGAUGACGAAGACGACGAUGAGGUUGCCAACGGCACCAAGCCCAAAAAAUCGGACAUGUUUAUGCACGCCGGCGAAGUGCAGGCUCAGAUUAAGCGCACGUGGCAGACGGAUCCGUUUCUGUUGCACUGCGUAUUUGGAGGAUCGAGUCAGUCUCUCCAGGACGGCUAUCAGCUAUUCUUCUUGCAGGCAGUUCCUGUCCCACCGAGCCGCUUCCGUCCAGCCAUGUAUUUGAACGGCAUGGCCGUGGAACAUUCCCAGACCUCCUAUCUGAGCCAAAUGAUCCGUUUCAACGAAAGCAUACGAGAGUCCUUCGCCGCCAGCGACGAGCCGCGCGCCUACAGCGGUUGGAUUGAUCUCCAGACGGCUGUCAACUGCUUCAUGGACAGCGCCAAGGAUCCGUCGGCCACACCUACCAACUUGGUCGCGCCCGGUAUCAAACAGAUUCUGGAACGCAAAGAAGGACUGUUUCGCAAAAACAUGAUGGGCAAGCGUGUAGAUUACGCAUGUCGUUCCGUGAUUUCCCCCGACCCUUACAUUGGAACGAACGAAAUUGGUCUCCCACGAUAUUUUGCCACAGUCUUGACAUACCCGACACCCGUGACUGACUUGAAUGUGAAAGAAAUGCGUGCCUUGGUUGAAAGGGGACCACACAACUAUCCUGGUGCCCGGUGGGUCGAACUGCAGGGGAAGCGGGUAGAUUUGGGCAAAAUGAACACGCAGAAGCGCGAAGCAAUCGCAGCCCAGCUUCUGACUUAUUUGAAAAGGGGAGGCAUGCCGGCAAUUGUGGGACGGCAAUUAAGAGAUGGAGAUUAUGUACUUAUGAAUCGACAGCCCACCUUGCACAAACCCGGCAUCAUGGCGCACCGUGUCCGUAUCUUACACAACCCUACCCAAAAGACUAUUCGAAUGCACUACGCCAAUUGCAAUACCUACAAUGCCGACUUUGACGGAGAUGAAAUGAACUGUCAUUUUCCACAGAGUGAUUUGGCUCGAGCCGAAGCGCAAUAUAUCGCUCGAACCGAUCUACAGUACAUAGUGCCGACGGACGGCACCCCUUUACGUGGUUUGAUCCAGGAUCACGUAGUUGGGGGCGUCAAACUGACGAAGCGCGAUACAUUUUUCUUCAAGUGGGAAGUUCAGCAGCUUUUGUUUGCUGCCUUGGCCAGUCUUAAAGGUUUAGAGAUCAUUCGCUCAGGUACAAAUAUUGAACUUGUACCGCCAGCGCUGGUCAGACCGCGAGAGCUUUGGACAGGGAAGCAAGUCAUCACAAUUAUUUUAAAUCACUUGCGAAAAGGCAGUGAUCGCGACAGUGAAAAGAUGUCUAACCUUCCGGGUCUGUCCACGAGUCGAAAAUCCAAGACUCCCGACACUGCGUUUGGAGCGGAGCAGGAAGAGCACUUAGUUUUGAUUCUUGAUGGUGAAUUGUUGCGAGGAGUAUUGGACAAGGCCGCAUUUGGCGCGACAGAUUUUUCGCUUGUACAUGCGGUGUACGAAGCAUAUGGACCAGAAAAAGCUGGUCUGCUGCUCAAUAUGUUUGGCCGUCUGUUCACGGCAUAUAUACAGUAUUUCGCAGGGCACUCUUGCCGCAUGGAGGACUUGAUCUUAACAAGUGCGUCUGACAUAUCCCGGCGGAUGCUGGUACAAAAAUCCUACAAUAUCGGAGCACGAGCCGCCAAAGCUUGGGCCGAUUCCGAGGGCGGCAAGGCAGCUUCUACAGCAGCAAAAAUUGGCCAGCUACUUUCCGGUACUGAAGGAAGCACAAAUUUUGCUGCUUUGGAUGGGUUCAUGCAAAGUCAAUUAAACCCUCUGUCGUCCGCAAUCGUGAAAAAGUGUUUACCUGACGGUCUUGCUGUUCCGUUUCCAUACAAUACCUUUGGACUCAUGACAACCACCGGAGCGAAGGGUUCAAUCGUGAACCAAUCCCAGGUCACGUGUGCUUUAGGUCAGCAGGCUCUCGAGGGCCGCCGUGUCCCACGCUUGAGCAGUGGGCGUACCCUACCUUCGUUUGCUCCUUACGACCCGAACCCACGAGCCGACGGGUUUGUGAUGGAUCGUUUCUUGACUGGUAUCCGCCCACAAGAGUAUUAUUUUCAUUGCAUGGCCGGUCGAGAAGGUUUGGUGGACACUGCGGUAAAGACAUCUCGCUCAGGGUAUCUGCAACGUUGUUUGAUGAAGCAUUUGGAAGAGCUGAAAAUUUGCUACGACUAUACAGUCCGAAACGCGGAAGGAUCUGUUGUUCAAUUCUUGUACGGUGAAGAUGGUUUAGAUCCUACCAAAGCUUCCUAUUUGGACUGCUCCGAAAAGUCAUUCGAAUACAUUGCGCGCAAUAAGGAGUCUCUUGAACGCCAGAAUACAGCGCUACCAUUCUCCUCUAUUGCACUUGCGGCUGCGGAUGCUACACGGCACGUCGAAUUGGAAAACAACCAGAAUCUGAUAGCUGUUGCAGAUCCGAUUUUGUCGACACCUGCUCGAGGACAUUUGCUUGGUAGUAGUGGAGCCUGCGUAUCUGAACGCGUGGCGGGCGCUACGCAUAACGCCUUGAACGACCCCGAAAUGAUGCGUGUUUUGAAACAAAUAAAUGUUUCUGAUGCUGAUUUGGGGGUAUUGAUUGGCGCCAAGUACAGCUCAAGUGUAUGCGCGCCAGGGGAAGCGGUUGGCAGCAUUGCAGCUCAGUCAGUUGGUGAACCUUCAACGCAAAUGACGCUCAAUACGUUUCACCUUGCUGGUGCCGGUGCUAACGUAACACUCGGUAUUCCACGCUUGCGCGAAAUUAUCAUGACAGCCUCUCGUGAUCUAAAGACGCCAACAAUGUCGGUGCCCUUGGAUGACUCCGUAACGGAAAAACAAGCGUUGAGAUUGACGCGCGACUUUACCAAGUUGACUUUGAUGGAGCUUGUUGCGAGUGACCGUGGUGUGACCGUGACGGAAAAGUUGGAAAAGGCUGACAACGGCAUGUGGAGUCGAGCUUACUAUGUGACAAUUAAGUUUCAUCCGGCGGAACGCAUUAAGGAAGCCUUUGGUUUGGAUAUUCACGAUAUAGCCAAGGUAGCGGCGAAAAACUUUGUACCGCUCUUGUCGCAAAACAUGAAAAAAGAGUUAAAACGUGCUGCGGUUGAAGGAGAUAACGCGGUGAUUGAAGUUCAGGGUGGAGACUCACGCGUAUAUAUCAAGAGCCGAGAUCAGGACGAGAGAGACGCUGACGAAAUCGAAAUUAAGGAGGCUCCGCAGGCUCGAAAUGGUCGGGACGAACUCAACGACAAUGAUCAAGAUGAUGAGGAAGACGACGAAAAUGCUGAAGAAGACGGUGCGGACGCUGUCCGCUAUUCCGACCGUCGCAAGGAGAGCAUUUCUUACGAAGAUGAUGAUGACCAAGACGACGCAGAGACUGAAAGCAUGACAGGCGAACACAGCCCACGGAGUGACUCCGGGAUUGUGAAUGACCUCAGUAGCAAUACCGUUGUCCGAGAAAAAGAAGCAAGUGACUGGACUUUACGGGCAAAGGAGGACGAGUUGAUCGUGCACGAACGCAGGAACGUCAUUGUUCUGCAGCCGCUACGCAUUGAUCCUGCCGCUCGUCCGCUGCUAAUGGUGGGGUUGGUGGAAGGAGCUGCCGCUACGACGUUAGUCCGUUCUAAGAGGAUGAUUGAUCAGGGCUUUGUCAAUAAUGAAGAGGGGCGUGGACGCUGCUUACAAACGGCUGGUGUGAACUUUGAGGAAAUGUACAAGCUAGAAUGUGUCGAUCACAAUAAGCUGCUAUCCAAUGACAUAUGGGCUAUUCGCUGUGCGUAUGGUGUCGAAGCGGCUCGAAGCUCUAUAGUCCAGCAAAUUCGUGGUGUGUUUGGAGCUUACGGUAUCGAAGUCGAUCCCCGUCAUCUUUCGCUCAUUGCCGACUACAUGACCUUUGACGGAGGCUACAAGGCCAUGAAUAGAAUCGGUAUGGAGGAGACCUCCUCGACGUUGUUGCAGAUGAGCUUCGAAACGACGCUUCACUUUUUGCGUCAGGCGGCCUUAGUUGAGGAUAUGGACGAGAUGCAAUCUCCCAGCGCAAAUAUUGUAGUCGGGCGGCCUAUUCGGCACGGGACUGGCGCGUUUACGGUACUAGCAAAAUAGAUGCCACCACUUUGACAAGACCACUAG